GAUCGGUCUGCUCUGUCACGUGACCGCCUCCUCUCUUCUGAUUGGUCGGUGUGGUUGCUGGUCAUUGAUCCAACAUGGCGCCGACCCUGGUGGAGCAUGUUGUCGCAGACGCGGGAGCGUUUUUAAAGAAAGCUCCUCUGCAGGAGAUCGGCAGAAAUAUUUACACUCUGCGAGACGUCGUGGACGAAAUCAGAGACAAACCGACCAGGAGGAGUCUGUCGUUCCUGCCGUACGAGCUCAAGUUUAAAGAGCCACAUCCUGAACACGUCAGACUGGUGACAGAUUUUUCUAAGAAGACCGGAGACUACCCGAGUCUGUCGGCCACAGACAUCAAGGUUCUGGCUCUGACCUACCAGCUGGAGCUUGAACACGUCGGCUCCCAACACCUGAAGAAAGAGCCUGAGAUCAAGGUGAAUGUUCAGAGCACGCAGAGACACCCAGAGACACCAGUGAACAUCGCAGGAUUUCACUUCCCCUCCAAGAAAGCCGCUUUGACCGUCCGACAGACUCAAACAGAGAAGGACACGUCGAAGGACACGUCGGAGGACAGCAGCGAGUUCAACAGCUUCACCUUCUGGAGGGAUCCUCUGCCGAGCAUCAACGGAGAGCUGCUGCAGUUACUGGAUCCGAUUCCAGAUCCGGUCCAGGUUUUAAACUGGAAGAACAAACAGAACCAGACGGACACGCAGACGGCGUUCGAUGAGUUCAACAGCUUCAACUUCUGGAGAGCGCCGCUGCCGUCCAUCGACGGCGAGCUGCUGGACCUACUGAAAGUGGAUGACGUCUCCUCAUCUGAGAGCCGAUUGGACGAGCCAGAGGACCAAUCGGACGACGGGGACGAGGAUGAUGAUGAUGAUGAUGAUGAUGAUGGAGGUGGUUGGAUCACUCCCAGUAACAUCCAACAGGUGAAGAUGGACUCUGGUGAUUGGACGGCUCCUGCUGAUGUCACAGUUGGAUGUCUGACCACCGACUUCGCCAUGCAGAACGUUCUGAUCCAGAUCGGACUGCAUGUCCUCUCUGUGAACGGGAUGCUGAUCAAACAGGCGAGGAACUACGUCCUGAGAUGUCACGCCUGCUUCAAGAGGACGUCCAACAUGAACAAACUUUUCUGUCCUCACUGUGGAAACAAAACUCUGAAGAAGCUCGCCGUGACGGUCGGCGAGGACGGCAGCGUCCACAUGCAUUUCUCCAAAAACCCCAAAGUGCUGAACCCGAGAGGCCUGAGGCACUCUCUGCCGCUGCCUCAGGGCGGGAAACACGGUAACAACCCUCAGCUGGUGGAGGACCAGCGCUUCCCCCAGCAGAGACUCUCCCGUAAAGCUCGUCAGAAGACGGACGUGUUCAACCCGGACUACGUGGCCGGAUCGUCUCCUUUCUGCAUGAACGACAUCUACAGCCGAGCCGCCAACCUGCAGAUCCGAGACGGUCAGUGCGGAGGAGGCCGGAGACGAGCCAACCCCAACGCCAACCACAAGAAGUUUGUCAAGAAAAAGUGAAGAAGGACGGACACGUGAAGACGCCGAGGACAUUAAAUAAAGGAAGUCUGUUAACUACGAAAGGUUCCUUUAAUAUAAAUCAUUAAUUAUCUGUAUCUGUUGCAAUAAAUACAUUUAAAACUUCA